GGAGAGAGAGAGAACAAAACAAAGCACACGAUAAAGAAAGGAACAAAACAGGAAGUUAAAAUAAAAACAGAGUUCCUCUUGGCUCUGCUCUGAUUCUCUCUGUCUAACUCUGCUUCUCAAAAUCUUGUUUUUUGGAGCUCACUUUUCAAAUUUCGGUUCCCCUUCACCUGGCUUUUUUAGUCCAGUUUCUCUGUUAUUAUUAUAUAUUGUACAUGGGUUUUUGGUGAAAAGAGAUAAUCAUAAUAUUAUUAGUUGGGAAGGUUCAAGAGAAUAUAGAGGAAUAUGUCUUGGAAAAGCAGAGGAGAGAAGCCUUCAGGGACUAUUCUAUCACAAAAAUGGGCUCUUUUGCUUUGUUUAGGCUGCUUCUGUGCUGGAAUGCUCUUCACCAAUAGGAUGUGGGAUGUUCCUGAAACUAAAGAUAUCACACGAACAACAUCAGUGGAAGCUGAAAAACUAAAAUUAGUUUCCGAGGGUUGUGGUCCAAAAUCAUUGCUUCAGAAAGAAGUAAAGCGCGACCCCAAGGACAUUUACAGGGAGGUUUUCAAGACUCACAAUGCAAUACAAACAUUGGAUAAGACCAUUUCGAAUUUGGAGAUGGAAUUGGCUGCGGCCAGAGCAGCACAAGAGUCCAUACGCAAUGGCGCGCCCUUAUCAGAGAACUUAAAGAAAACUGAAUCAUCUGGGAGGAGAAAGUAUCGGAUGGUUGUUGGAAUCAAUACUGCUUUUAGCAGUCGAAAAAGAAGAGAUUCGGUUCGAGCUACAUGGAUGCCACAAGGCGAGAAAAGAAAGAAGCUUGAGGAGGAGAAGGGCAUUAUCAUUCGCUUCGUCAUUGGUCAUAGUGCCACAUCUGGGGGUAUUCUAGACAGAGCUAUUGAAGCAGAGGACAACAAGCAUGGAGAUUUUCUAAGGCUGGACCAUGUUGAAGGGUACCUUGAAUUGUCUGGCAAGACUAAGAUAUAUUUUGCUACUGCUGUUGCUUUGUGGGAUGCUGAUUUCUAUGUCAAAGUUGAUGAUGAUGUCCAUGUAAAUAUAGGAACACUUGGAGAAACGCUAAACAGACAUCGGUUGAAACCACGGGUGUACAUUGGAUGCAUGAAAUCUGGUCCCGUCCUUUCGCAAAAGGGAGUGAGAUACCAUGAACCUGAGUAUUGGAAAUUUGGUGAGGCUGGAAACAAGUAUUUCCGCCACGCUACCGGACAGCUUUAUGCGAUCUCAAACGAUUUGGCUACAUAUAUAUCCAUAAACCAGCACGUCCUGCAUAAGUAUGCUAAUGAGGAUGUCUCUUUGGGAUCUUGGUUUAUUGGCCUUGAUGCGGAACAUAUUGACGAUCGACGAUUAUGCUGCGGCACCCCACCUGAUUGCGAGUGGAAGGCCCAAGCAGGCAACAUAUGUGUUGCUUCAUUUGAUUGGAGCUGCAGUGGGAUCUGUAGAUCAGCUGACAGGAUCAAGGAAGUCCACAGGCGAUGUGGCGAAGGCGAAAAUGCUUUGUGGAGUUCUUCCUUCUGAGAAGCAGCCUCGCUCGUGUCGCGGGUUCUUCCAAACUCGGGAAGGAUUUCUGUGCACUAGUACAUAAAGCAUAUAAGCACGAGCCUUUUUCUUUUCUUUGAGCCGCGGUAUAGAAAACUUGUAAUAUCACAGAAGAGAGAGGGAGAGAGAGAGAGAGAGAGAGCAAAAGAAAUGAAAAAUGUGGACCACCUCCAUUUUAGUAGAGGGAGAUUGGCCAUUGUAACAGUCCAAAAUGGAAGAGCUAUGAGGCUGACAACCACCAUAAUUCUUUUGACGCUUGAAGAGCCAAUUUGUAAGUUGCAGUUCUACGGCUAUCAAGUGCACAAUAAAUACACAUCUUUGUGGGGGCUUUUACUGCCUUUCCUUGUACAUCUAGUUUUUAAUGGGUUUUUUCAAUAGUAGGAUCAAUCUACUAUCUAUAUAAGCACUAUUUUGUAUUCAAAAUCUCUCUUCCCUGCUUAUUGCAUGGAUUGGUGAACGUUCUGACUCUGUCUCAGCGACAUGUUCAUAUGCCUGAACCAACCU